AUGUGGAACAUGAAGAUACCAGGCCAGAAACCGCCAGUCCUCGUUGCAGAAUGUCUGCAGCUCGUGCCCAUGUGCCACAAGGCUCUGCAACCGCCUCUGGUGACUCUUUUUCCUGUCACCCAUCUUACCAUUGCGAUCAGUCAAAGAAAAGUCUCAGGAAGCCUGAUUCAGGGUCGUCCAGCAGAUCAGAUUCAACCAUUUUCCUCGACGGAGCAUUUCAAACAGUCCCAGCUGUCUAUUCCUUACAAAGAGCCUAUAUGGAGUGGAUUACCACCUGACACAGAAGCUUUCAGCUUUGACGUUCUGAAGAAUGGAACGAUAAUUGAAAACAUUGAACUACGCAAAAAACCUUGGUUUGUUUUUGGACGUCUUCCUAGUUGCGAUGUGUUUCUGGAGCAUCCAUCACUUUCACGAUAUCAUGCAGUAGUGCAGUACUGCGCCACACCAGGGGAUGGUUAUGAGCGUGGCUGGUAUUUAUGUGAUCUGGACAGUACUCACGGUACUUGGGUAAACAAAGUGAAGGUUUUACCUAAGACCUUUUACCGAUUGCACGUUGAUUAUGUGGUGAAAUUUGGAGGCAGCUCACGUCUGCACAUUCUGCAGGGGCCAGAAUCAGAUAAGGAACCAGAAAGUGAGCAGAGUAUAAGUGAGCUAAAGGCACAGAGAGAAAGGCUGCAGCGUGAGGCAGAGCUGCUGCGCAUGGCUGAAGAUGAGGAACUGGAGAGCCAGAGACAGAAGCAGCAGGCAGCAGAGGACAGAGGGUGCUUAUGGGGAAUGGGUGAGGAUGCAAUGGAAGAAACAGAAGAAAAUCCAUUUGCAAACAUGGCUCCCCAGCAUGAGCAUCUUUAUGCUGAUGAUCCCAAAAAGGCACUGAAGGGUUUUUAUGAAAGGGAAGGCUAUGACUUACCUGAGUAUCAGUUUUCAGAGGUGUCCUUUGGUAAACACCGCUGCUUUUUGGAACUCCCCGUUGAAGGUGCCAAUGGUGAAGCUCUUGUAGCAGAGGCUACUGUGUCAGGGAAGAAGAAAGAGGCAGUGGUAGCAUGUGCACUGGAAGCUUGCCGUCUGCUUGACAUGCAUGGAAUUCUUCAUGCUUCAAAACAUGAAAGCCGGAAGCGCAAAAAGAAAAAUUGGGAAGAUGAUGACUUUUAUGACAGUGAUGAAGAUACCUUUUUAGACAGAACAGGAACAAUAGAGAUGAAAAGACUUUUUCGAAUGAAAAAAUCAGGGAAGGAUGCUAAAGCAGAGACAUAUGAAACUUUGGUGCCAAAGUGGAAUGAAGUGGUUAAUCGCAUUGGUGAAAUUGAAAACAAAUUACAAGAAGCUAAAGCUCAGGCAGAUGCCAUUGCCAGUGAAGAAGACGAUGCAUUGGAUGCCUACAUGACAGCUAUCAAAGCAGGUGUCAUGGAUACAAAGACACGCUUGACUCUGAAACGUGAGCUCCUGACAUUGCGCACAGAAGAGCAGCGACUUCGUCAUCUUGUCAACAUUGCAAAGCCUGCUUCUCUGCCAGUGCUAAAAAAACCAGCACCUCCUGUGACACUUACACCCAGUGUCACACCUGGUACCAGGAAGAUUGGUGUUGCCCGUGGACCCAAGCCUGCAGUGUGUACUUUUGUGAGUCAAGAUUUAGUGGAGAAGGAGUCAACAUUUGAAGAAGAAGAUGAGGAAGAAGACAGUGUGGUACAUUCUGUGCAACCUUUAUCUAAAGACAAUCAAGAAGGCCAAGCUUUAUCUAAAGACAAUCAAGAGGUCCAAGAUUUUUCUAGGGACUUGUCACAUAUUUCACAAAGUCAGAAUAAAGCAAAUGAAAUGAUUCAGGGCUCUACUACAAGUUCAGGACCUAAAAUCAAAGCAGGUCUGAGUAUGUCAUCUUCACCGUCUGGCAAAGUUUCUCCAGAUCUUCACACUGAAGCUGAUGAAAGACUUGGCAAACCUUCUGAUCAUGGAUUGAUAGUGAAGAAACAGGUGCCAGUAUCAACUGAGGCUUCAACAAAGGGUUCGUUGUCUGCUAUAAUAAAAUCUGAAGAGACAAAACCUCAGGUGUUGAGACUGAGUGUCAUAAAGAAGAAGAAGGUGCUUGGCCCACCAAAAAGAGAAUAUGAUUCUUCUGACCCUGACUAUGCUGUGUGGCUUCCACCAGAAGAUCAGACUGGUGAUGGAAGGACAAGCUUGAAUGACAAACUUGGCUACUGAGUCUGCAGCUAGGGGAGAUGUACAGCCAAGUGGAUUAGUGUCAGCCAAGACCAGUGGUGCAUUAGUUGGUUCAGAGCCAUAUGGUACAUCACACUUCUACCAGCUGACCCAGCUGUGAAAUGGGUACCUGACCUCUUAAAAAGGCUUGGGAGGAAAAGGCAGCGAAAGAGAGGAGAUAAAUACCACCCUCAAAAAAAUUUGGACCUGAGAAGAAUUGGGUAUCACUGAGAGUUCUUGAGGCUAUCUUACUUUUCUGAAUUUGCAGAUGUAAAUUUUUAGUAGAAUGUGACUGAUUAAAUAUGAAUCAUCUGAUGCUUGAGAUAUAGUACCUUGAGAAAGAAGAAAAUCAUGUUUAUUAAACUUCUUGAAAAUUUGUU